AUGGAUCUCUUUGAUGACAAUAAUCCUUAUUACAGGUAGGCUAUGUCUAUGCCUCCUUUCGAACCGGUGUUCAGUCGCCUUAGUUCAUAUAACUAAUCAUAGAACAGAAUUAUCAACUGGGGAAAUUUGUAACCCAUCUCAUGCAUCCUUAAGAGGAAUGAAUAAGAUUACAUUACAACUGGGCGUGAUAAAUUUAAUGAUAGCAUGCUUGCAGUCUAUAAUACACAGGAUUCUCAAAGAGAAUUCGAUUCGUUAGGCGAUGUCAAAAAAUUUAAGGCAACUAAAAUUUCAGACAGAAGUAAUAGAUAACUCAAAUACCCCAAAGAGUUUGACAAAGUAUUUGAAGAAUUAGAUAAAGAAUAUUAAUUAGAAUUUCAUUUAUAACGAGGAAUCAAUCCUUUUUUGCACUAGCCUAAUUAUGUUCAACCAAUUACAGUCUUUGGAUAGUUCAAAAAUUUAAAGAAUCUCAAGAGCAUUUCGAGUAUUAUUGAAAAGUGUUAUCUUCCAAAUAUGAUUCGUGUUUGUUAUAAACUAAUUAAUGAUGACUCCAAUUAUGAUUUUAAGGGUAGGUUUAAUAAUGUUAAGGUAAUCUAGAAUUUGGGUGAAGAGGAGACAGUAUAGAUUCUUUAUAUGAAAGUGAAUGAAAAAUAGAAUGCUGGCGAAUAAUUUUGGUACUUUGUUACCAUGAUGUACAAAAGACUUGAGGAUGGAGGUUGUUUUGUUUUUGAAAUGAAAAAUUUAGCAGAUUCUGCCUUCACAUAAUUUUUAUAUUUAUUCCAGAAAUUGUUUUUGAUUAUAUCACUGGAUCACAGUGACAUUCUGACUUUGAGCCCGAAAAUCAGCUGUUAUGGCUUUUAGAGAUAAAGUUCUAUUUAAAUCUUAGAUAAAGUGAUCAUGAAUUUAGAGGAGAUUAAAAACAAUAAUUACAACAUUUUUAGAAUUAGACAAUUGACUCAAGACCAUAAAUUUGAACAUGAUAUAGUUUCCUUUUACAAAUAAUACUUGUAGAAAAUUUCUUAACAAAUAAAAUUAAUUUAGUAAUUUGAAAAAGGAGGAGAAAUUAGCUAUCAGGAAUUUAUUUAAGAGUGUGAAAAAUUGAAGGAAAAGAAGAAGAAAAAUCAUUAAUCAUUUGAUUAAAGCAAUACUUAUACUCGCCAAGAACCUAGAAAUGAAAAUAAUUAUAGGGCUACAUAGACUAAAGUAAUCAACAAAAAGAUUGAUGUUGAUCCUUCAAUACUUGAGUUGGAUUUCGAAAAAGGCUAUAGACCAUAGUGGAAACAAAAUCAAACAAAAUAAAUUCAGCCCAAACAAAAUGAGAAGGAAGAAAAGGGCAAAAAGUAAUUGGAAAAGUUGUUGAGCUAAGGGUCACAGAAGAAACAAACAACUAAGGAAAUUUAAUAGAAAACAUAUGAAGAAUAGCUAGGACUGAAUGCAAAAAAGAGAACUUACAACACUACCGCAGAGGACAGAAAAAGACGCCAUUGA